CCCUGCGGCCCCUUUAAUUAAGGAGAAGCCCCUCCCCACCGUUGGAGGUGGGAGACGCCAUUUCCCAACGCCCCUCGCGGGGUCGCAGGCCAGUUGCCGCGCCCUGUAACGCUGUGAGAACUACAUUACUCAGAGGGCUGUGCGCUGACAGGCAGGGGCGCUCAGCCAAUGAAAAUCCAAAACUGGGUGACUUCCGUGCAUGCUCAACGCCAUGGGGCGGGACUUAAGGCGUCUUCCUCGUGGUAGUCAUCUUAAGUGUUCUCCGAACGCCUCAAGCGACCAGUAGCCCCAGGACGCCGUUGCCGAAGCGACGGGGCCUGGGAGGUGCGAGCGGAGGCCGUUGUCCCCACGGCAACGAGGCUAGUCUGAGUCUGGGCGGCGGUACCAGGCUGCGGUGAGCUCGCCGCCGGGGCCCGUUCCGGACGGCGGUCCGGGUGUCCCCGCCAAGAUGGCGUGGCUGCUUUGAGGGACGCAGCUCAGGUUGGGCAUGGAACAGGCGCUGAAGAGACACCUUCUGAGCAGUGUGUUUCUAUUGGAAGGACUGUUACAAGUCAGGACUCCCCAGGCAGGUCUGUCAGUCCUGAAAACACCCUUAUGAGUGAGGUGUGUGUUCCAUCUUGAAAAACAGUUUGUGCCUGGCACAGCGUCAGGCAACAUACCCUGGACAGAAACCAAACUUGGGUGGGGUGUGCGUGAGAGACUUCUGGUUCAGCGCAAACUUUGCCCAGCAAAAAAAGGAGUACAGUAGAGAGAAACUGUAUCAAGGGCCAUGGACAGGAACUCGUUUGUGAAGAGCUGCAUAUUUCAUGUGUCAGGAACAGGCACCUGUGAGGAGGUUGGGAUGGACUUUCCAGCCUCUUCAGGGCUACUCCCAUACCAGGCUGCGCCCAGCAGUGAGAAGCCACACAGUGGCAUUGAAUGUGGGGAGGCCUUUCACAGUGGAAGCAGUCAGUAUGAGUGGGGUGAAUGCGGGAGCACUUUUAGCCAUGAGCGCACACUUCCCCAGCCCCAGAGCUUCUGCACUGGCGAGGGGCUUUAUCGAUGUAAAAAGUGUGGGCACCCCACCGUAAGCUGCAAGUGUCGACGCGGUAAGGGCCAGCGAACUGGCCCUCAGGAAAGGCCUUAUGAGUGUGGUAUAUGUGGGCAGUUCUUCGGCCAAAUCUCCAUCCUUGUCAAACACCAAAUAACUCACAGCGCGGAAAGGCCUUACGAGUGCAGCGAAUGUGGAAAGUCCUUUAAGCGUACUGCUGAACUCAUCAGACACUGGAGAAUCCACACAGGAGAAAAGCCUUAUGAGUGCAGUGAAUGUGGGAAAUCCUACACGCGAAGCUCCAACCUUGUUGAACAUCAGAGGAGUCACACCGGAGAGAUUGGUUAUGCGCGUUACACCUGUGGCAUAUGUGGAAAAUCCUUUAAACAGAGCUCCAAGCUCACUCUACACAAGAGGGUUCACACAGGAGAAAGGCCAUAUGAGUGUGACCAGUGCGGCAAGUGCUUUAGCCAAAUCUCCAACCUUAUGCAACACCAGAGCGUUCACACAGGAGAAAGGCCUUAUGAUUGUGCUGAGUGUGGGCGAUCCUUCAGCCGGAGGUCCAACUUCAUUGAACACCAGAAGGUUCACACAGGAGAAAGGCCUUAUGAGUGUGGCGAAUGUGGGAAAUUCUUUAGCCGAAGCUCCAUCCUCAGUGAGCACCAGAGGGUUCAUACAGAAGAGAGGCCUUAUGAGUGUGGUGAGUGUGGGAAAGCCUAUAGACGAGUCUCCAGUCUCAUUGAACACCAGAGGGUUCACACAGGAGAGAGGCCUUAUGAGUGCAGUGAUUGUGGGAAAUCCUUCAUCCGAAACUCUACCCUCACUCGGCACCGGAGAGUCCACACUGGAGAGUUCAGUGGAGAGUUCAGUGGAGAUUUCGCUGAAGAGUUCACCGACGAGUUCACUGGAGACUUCUCCUUGGAAAAUGCACUAUGAAUGCUGUGAAUGCAGCAAAUCCUUCAGCCAGUUCUCCAACGUCAUCACCAAAAAUUUCACACCAAAAAGAGGCCUUAUGAGUGUAGCAAAUGUGGGAAAGCCUUCAGCCCCAGGAAGUGCACACGGGAGAAAGACCUCAGACCUGCAGGGAGUGUGCUAUCUCAUUCAACGUCAGUGCAAUAGACUUUAUAUGGCAUGAAGUUGAACCCUUUACAUCUGAAACCCACACUGGGGAAAUUCCCCACAAGUUCCAGGUGCAUGAAACUUUGAAGAGCUGCACUGCACAUUCUGACCUGCCCAGGCCCUUGGCAGAAUUAUGUCACUGCCAGUUUAUAUGGUAGAAGCCAUCAAAACCACCACCUAACAGGUCACCCUACCAUGCAUCAUUCAACCCACUGUCCUCAGGAAUGGCAGAUGUCUAUGCUCUUUCUCGCCUUCCCUGGAGAAAUAAUGAGGAAUCUGAACCUUUAGGGUAUGAACUUGAUCUGGUUUUGGACAAGAGGACCUGGUCUGGGUUCUGCCGGCAGCUGCCUUAAAAGGUUUACCUUCUUCAUGCCAUUGUUGGUCUCCUGGGAUGCUCCUCAUUGAUUUUUCCAGCCAGGUCACCAACCAAGAAAUGCUUCCCAUAAAUUGUUCUGGUUUGUGUACUGAUAAAGGCCUUAUUGUUUCAGUCACCUUUAACAUUGGGGGCUCUAUUCACUGUAGUGUAGGUUGAAAACAGACUAGAGCCAGUUAGUAGGAAUAGAUGAACAGCUUUUCUCUGUGCCCGCAAAUUUGUGUUCCUUGUCAUGGACAGUGUGAUGGCGGAGAGUAGUUCUCCCGCAAGUUUGGACCUUGUGUGCUUUGCUGCCCACGCCUCCCAGGAAAAGACUGCGGGACCCAACAAUCCUAGUUUGUGUCCUGGCUGUCAGGAUUUAUUGCAGCCCCAGAGGUUGCUUUGAGAAGGGGCCACUGCUGUGAUGACCUCCAGUGCUUCUGGGGACAGCAGGGAUGUGUCUCCUUGUUCCCAGGGGAUGUCAUGUAAUAGAUCUCUGUUAAUGUGAUGAAUCCCCAGGUCCCACCAAGGAGCCAUGUACCCUGGUAUCCAAAAUGCAAAUGAUAAUUGGUACAAAGAUUCUGGGUGUCACUAAUAGGGAGUGGGGAAUACUAGUAAAUGAGAGCAAACAUGUCUCUUCUACAUGUGCGUCGAUGUAGUUCCAGAGAUGACGGCUCUGCAGCAUGAUGUUACAGAAGUUCUCGGAGCCUCCAAACUCAUGUCUCCCCUGGAGCUUUGGUAAUCAGCGGAGCCAGUAAUCUAAAGGGUUUCUGGAUUCUUACCGCAUUGCUGGCCUGUUGGCCUUAAGACUUGUUGGCGCGGCUGGACAAUGAGGUUGGAGAGAAUGGAAGUGCUGUUGUCCAGCUUGUGGCAUUUGUGACCCAGCCAGCAUGCCUGUUGCCUCAGAUGGAAACGGUCUUCUUUGCUCAGUGCAUUUCCUCAAUGCAUUUUCUGCCUCUGCUGCAGGCCUGCCUUUGCCCAGGCAUAAGCAAAGAUGCUGCGGUCGGGGAAGUUGCCCAACCUAGUUUUCUGAGGGGGAAAAUUUUUUUUUCCCCAGUUUUUAUUUUGAACUCUUCAAAUAAUUGAGUUAUAAUUGAUAUUUUCGAUGUAAGUAUGAACCUGUGAAACGAUCAUAAGCAUGAAAAUGAACACAUCCAUCACCACCAAGUUUUCUCAGGCCCUCUUAGAAUCUCUCCUGCUCUCCCAGCCCUCCAGGCAACUGCAUAGUUCCUCUGUUUUCACAGUAGAUUAGGUUCUAUUUUCUAGACGUUUAUAUGACUGAAAACUUAAGAUGCUGACUUUUUCCCCCUGGUUUCCUUCAUACUGCAUAGUUCUUUUGAGAUUGAGCAGUGUUGCUUAUGUGACUACUUGAUUGUUUUUAUUGCUGAGUAGUAGUUCUGUUCUGUGUAUAUGCCACAGUUUGUUGAUCCAUUUGUCUGUUAAUGGACAUUUGAGUUGUUUCUGGUUUUGGCUGUUACAAAUAAAUCUGUUAUGAACAUAGGCAUACA